ACCGUAGACCUUAGACAGUCAAAAAAAUAAAUAGAAGAAGAAGGAAGGGACUAAACAUAACCUUAAAAUUUAAUUUAACUUGAUUUAACUUUAUAACUUUAUUAUAGAUUUAAGAUAAAAAAGAUGUUACUCAGAUUUCUAAGGAUACCGAAAAUAAAAACAGUUGCAAUACCCAUUAGAGAACUGUCUAAUUUAAGCAUAGGAAAAGCAACUACUGCUGCAAAAUUUAUCCCUGUAUUAGAAACAUCCACAAGUACUAUUCAAAAUCCUUGGAUAUAUCGACAAAACGAUAACUUCAAUCUUCCGCGAUGUCCAAAUUUAAAGAUAGAUCUCCCAAAUACUAUCAAAAUAAUCAUACCUGCAAUAGAACCAAAUAAACAGGAUGUAAUUGAAGCACCAGCAUUUGAUGAUAGUAUCAAGAAAGAGGCGGUGAAAAUGAUCGUAAUCAGGAGGAAAAAGAUGAAGAAACAUAAACUGAAAAAAUUGAGAAAGCGAAUGAAGUUUGAAUGGGCAAAAAAAAGACAACGAAGAGAAUUAAAGAAAGAAAAGGCUUUCCAGGCAGAACUGAUCCAGCAGUGUAAAGAAGCAGAGGGAUUCUCAGCAGAACAGUAUGUUAAAGACAAAAUUAGUGAAUUCAAAAAAGCAAGUGAAACACUAUCCGAGGCUGAACAUUCAACAAAAACAGAAACAAAAAUAAUAGUCAAUAAAUAGGUUUAUACAAUGUGUAUGUAAAGUAAAUAAAGUUUUUUGUUUGUA